AUGGCUAGUAAAAAGUCGCACGUCUUCCGGGUGACCGGCCUGUCGAGGGAACUACUCGAUGAGGAUCUCAAGACCGCGAUGCAAGAGGCGCUCAACGACAACUUCACCGACGACGAGAGAUCGCAGAUCAAGGCUGAAAUCACAAUCGUGCCCUCAUGCUAUGAAAGUGACGAGAGGGUGGCGCUAGUGCAGUUUUGCGGUGGGGUGCCUCAGUUCCUCCGUGAGCUAAGAGACAACCCGCUUGGAGAGUGGCAGGUCGAGAUGGGAAACGAUGACAUCAACUUUGACGGCCACUUCUUUGGAUUCACCCAGCUCUACGCACCGGACGGAAACGGGCCAGUCGCUGCAGAUAUCAUUGCUAUUGCCGGACUGGAUGGACAUGCGUAUGGAUCGUGGCAAGGAAGAGGAAAUCUUGGUCGGAUGUGGCUCCGCGACUUUCUGUCGAAGGAUCUUCCGCAGUGUCGCACCAUGAUCUACGGGUACAACUCCAAGCUGUCGAGCCACGGAGUCGAUACGAUUCUGGACUAUGGGCGGGAGCUGAUGGAGGAGAUCAAGAAGAUCCGGAACACGAAGGAGUGUCUAGUAAGGGCCAUCCAGACGAUGGAGGCAGACCACCCGGCGAUCACGUCGCUGCAUCGAGCCACGUACGGCAUGAUCCUCUUCGCCAUCCCCCACAAAGGAUUAGUGAUGGACGAUAUCCAGCAGAUGCUAGCCGGCGAUGAACGUCAUCCGCGAGGGCAUUUGCUGCUGCAGAUCUCUAGUAAAUCGGACCUACUGGUCCAGCAGCUGGCAGAUUUCAAAAAUCUCAUCCGGGACCGGAAGGUGGUCAGCUUCUACGAGACGGAGCAGACCAGGCAGUUGGUAUUGGACUCGGAGAGUGGACGAUGGAAACGCACGGGAGAUUUUGUGACAACGCUUGGCACAGACUCGGCUCUUCUCCAGCUUCCUGACCAUAUCGAGGACAAGGUGCCGCUGCAUGCAGAUCACUCAAUGAUCGUCAAAUUCGAUAAGCGAGAUGCACCUGGGUAUCGAACGGCGCUGGAUAGACUGCGGCAAUUCUCAAAGGACGCGCCGGCAGUGGUGGCGGCUCGGUUCGACCAACAGAAAACCCCACCACCGACACGUCCGAAGCCCCAGCCGCACUCAACAGUGCCAUUUCGACAGGACAAAAUGUUUGUGGGCCGUGAAGCUGUGAUCAGUGCGAUUGAAGAAAACCAUGGGGCGAUCGGCCAUCGUCACGAGAGGGUGGCAUUAGUCGGGUUAGCCGGCGUUGGAAAAACCCAGAUAGCCAUUGAGUAUUCUUAUCGCGUGCGAGAAUCAUCCCCGGAUACGUGGAUUUUUUGGAUCCACGCCAGUAAUGCUACGCGGUUGGAACAGGGCUAUCAAGAGAUUGCCGCAGUCGUGGAUAUUCCGGGACGGGAUGAUCCGCAGUCGAAUAUCCUCCAGCUCGUAUAUCGGUGGUUAUGUGACGCACAAAACGGGCGCUGGCUGAUGGUGUUAGAUAACGCGAAUGAAGAUAGUCUCUGUUUCAGGGGCAAUGGAUCCAAUGAACGAGGGCCACUUGCGAGGUUUCUUCCCCAGGCCGCGCAUGGGUCAAUACUGAUCACAUCGCGAAAUGGUCUUGCGGCACGGAAUCUGGUUGGGAGUGAUGGUCAUAUGAUCAAGGUUCACCCAAUGAAUGAGGAAGAGUCUCUCAAUCUACUGCGGAUAAGGGUUCCUGACAGCCAUUCUUCAGUUGAAGAUGAGAAGGCGCUAGUCUGUGUAUUAGAGAAUAUCCCACUCGCUAUCACGCAGGCUGCGGCGUAUAUUGCCAACCGGCUACCUUUGCUUACCGUCUCCGCAUACCUUCAACUUUUCCAUGAAAGCCAAUCUAAGCAGACGCGGCUUCUCCAGAACGAGGAUUUCACAGAUCUUCGGCGGGAUCCUAGCAGUCGCUUUGCGGUGAUCACAACAUGGCAGCUAUCGUUUGAGAAGAUCCGUGAGGAGCGGCCGGCUGCGACAGAUCUCCUAGCGUUGAUGAGUAUGUUCGAUCGGCAGGGAAUCCCCGAAGAACUCGUGCGCGACUCCGAACAAGAUGAACUGGACUUUCAUGAUGCAUUAGCACCGCUGCUCAGCUAUUCUCUGAUCCGAGUGGAAAUGAACGAACGGUUAUUUGAUAUGCACCGCUUAGUGCAAUUGUCGGUUCGGGCGUGGCUAGACAUGCAUCAGCAGCUCUAUGGCUGGCAGGCCAAAUCACGAGAGAUCAUAGCGCGGGUAUUUCCAGGCGGCGAAUAUGCAAGCUGGACAAAAUGUCGAUCACUCCUUGCGCAUGCGAAAAGCGUCCUGGAGUCUACGUAUCACGUAGAUGAUGAUGAUAUAUUAAAUGACGCCACUCUCUCAUCCAAUUAUGGAUGGUUUCUAGACCUUCAAGGCGCUUAUAAAGAUGCGGAGUCAAUGUAUCUACGGGCACUAGAAGCAAGAGCAAAGGUUCUUGGAGACGAGCAUCUUGACACGGUCACCAGUGUCAGUCACUAUGGAAAUGUCCUUUUCAGGCAGGGGAAAUAUGAAGAGGCAGAAUUGAUGCAUCGGCGGGCGUUGGAAGCGCGAGAGAAGCUGCUUGGACGCGAGCAUGCUCACACACUUAUCAGUGUCAAUAACCUUAGCUUAGUGCUCUUGCGCCAAGGCAAAUUUGAAGAUGGGGAAGCGAUGCAUCGACGGGCGUUGAAAGCACGAGAGAAGCUGUUGGGACGUGAGCAUCCCUCCACGAUCAGUAGCGCUUGA